CUCAAGUUCAAUGAUGUAAUUGAAGCACCUUAAAUAUUUCCUUUAAAGCAGCAUCUUGACAUUGAUAGCAUCAUCUAUAGACGUUUCUCCCUUGUCCCAGGUUACCCUUUCUUUAAGAGUAAUGAUGGAGGAGACGAAAACGGGGGAUGAAAUGGGGGACGACAGGUGCAAUUAUUAAUUUGACCCUUUUACAUCACCUACCGUCUCUCAUUUCGUCCCCCGUUUUCGUCCCCUCUAUCAUUACUCUUUCUUUAAAUAUUGAUUUCAGUCCAAAUUCUAACUUAAAAAAAUGGUCUUCUUUUGACAUACUGACGUGAGCUAACCCCUUACUAAUCUCUUCAAUGUCUCUGGCUUUGUUCAUCUUCUUUGCUCUCUCUUUCUUGUAGUCUGUUCUUCUUGCAGGCUUGCAGUUCACAUAUUGAGGAGAAAUCAUGGCAAGGAACAUACAAGAGAAGCCAACUGCACAUGAAGAAUCAAAGAUAAAAGAGGGUGAAUUAGACCAAUCUUCUUUAGCUUCAAUGCCCACAUCCCCAACUGAAAAUGUCAGACCAAGCAGCAUGGUUGUUAAGAAUGAUGAUUAGUGAAGUUUUCCUCGGAAAAAAGAGAAGGCGCACACAGUGAUCCCUGCUCAUUUGUUGGCUGAAGCAAUAUCAACCCUCCAUGGUCUUGACCUGAGAUGGUCUGGUCCCAUAGCCCAAACGGAGAUGCAAUACGUAGAGCAGUACAUCUUCACCAAAUAUCCACAGUACUUCAAUGGCCUUGUUGAAGAACAUGAACAGUAAAUCAACCUUGAUAGUCUCUGCAUCAAUGAAGAAGCCUCCAUUGCGGAGAAGAAAGGUAGGUCUACGGGGAGCGGUUCCAUCUCCUCUGGUGGUGGACCGCUUGAUAAUCUGGAUAGAAUCCAGUCGGAGCCAUCAAGACUAUUGGACAUUCUCACCAAGAAGACUUCCUUUCCGGGAACUUCAUUUCCAUCCCGGAAAUUCAAGCCAGGAACAGAGCUCUGAAGAACUGCGGGUUAAGCAAUGAUGAGUACUUGGUCAUUUUCGUUUCCAGUUACAAGGAAGCCAUGAAGAUGAUUGGAGAGAGCCAUCCUUUCUUCAGGGGAAAUUACUACAUGACCAUCAUCAGAGAAGAAUCUGAUUGCAUAAGGGAAUUGGCAGCUCAGAAAGAAUCAAGGGUUAUUCCGGCGCCGGAGACUUGGUUGGAUCUGAGGAUUAAGGGCUCCCAACUGAGCCAAUACUUCCGAAGGAAAUGUAAGCACACCCCGAAAGGACUUUUUCGUAUUCAAUCAAUAUGAACGGGAUAAGAUAUUCUGCUCAUUGGAUAUCCGAAGCACACCGGAACUCAUGGCACGUCCUCCUCGACGCCACCGGAUUGGAUUUUGGCCAGGAGAGGGUGGCGCUUGCCCUCCACCGCCCUGAUUUUGUGUUUUGCAUGCUGGAUGGAAUUAGGGAUGGCAAUUUCUCCGGAUCCCUGCGGGGCUCCGCGGGGAUCCCACCACGGGGACAGGGUAGAGAGGAAUAUUUCUUUUUGCAGAGUAGGGAUGGAGAGUAUUUUCCUCCCGUGAAAUUUCACAGGGAAUUUUCCCUGCUCCGUGGGGCCCCGCGGGAUCCCCAUCAUCGCAAAAUUUAAAAUAAAUAUAAAUUAAUUUU